UCUCUCUUGAUACUCUAUCUGUAUUGUGUAUUGAAUAUAAGUUAGGUUAUCUAGUGAUAAUUUGAUAGUACUUUAUUUUAGAUUAUUUAAGAUCUAGAAUAUCCAUUAAAAUGGCAUUACAUUCUAGAUUUAUAUUGAGAUUUCGUGAAAAUAAAAUAGCAAAUUUGUAUAGGUCAAUAUACAGCUUAACUUCGACAGACAGCCAGUCUCAUAAACUACAAGCACGUAAUUCACCGGCCUAUAACCUCCUCAGAACCCACGAUCCUCACUUUGUGUCAAGUGCAAAGUUCUUCUUAAGUACAAAAGCUGAAGCUGAAACUGUUGACAACGAUGAGCGAUCCGUUAACCGAGAUACUGAAAAACCUAAAGGGGAAGGUGAGAAGUUGGAAUUCCAAGCAGAAACUCGCAUGUUACUUGAUAUUGUGGCAAAGUCUUUAUAUUCAGAAAAGGAGGUAUUCAUCAGAGAGCUGAUCUCGAAUGCGAGCGAUGCGCUGGAGAAGCUCAGGUACCUCAGUUUGUCCGAGGGUGCUGGUAUAGACUCUCUGGGCAACACUGAGAUCCGGAUCUUCACAGACAAGCAGAACCGGACUUUCAUUAUCCAGGACACAGGGGUCGGCAUGACUAAAGAAGAACUCAUCUCUAACCUAGGUACAAUAGCACGGUCUGGAUCCAAAGCCUUUCUGGAGCAGCUGAAGAGCAAGGGUGGUGCAGAGCAGGCAGGCACCGUGAUCGGUCAGUUCGGGGUGGGAUUCUACAGUGCCUUCAUGGUGGCAGACAAGGUGGAGGUGUACACUCAGUCUCACGUACCAGGCAGCCCUGGGUACUGCUGGACAUCUGAUGGGUCGGGUACUUAUGAGAUCAAAGAGGCGGAUGGAGUGAGCAGAGGCACAAAGAUCAUCCUCCAUCUCAAGACAGAGAGCCGAGAGUUUAGCGAUGAGCAGACAGUCAAGGACGUCAUCCAGAAGUACAGCAACUUCGUGGGCAGUCCGAUAUAUGUCAAUGGCACUCAAAUCAACACCAUCCAGCCACUGUGGGUGAUGGAUCCCAAACAAGUGACCCCAGAGAUGUACACAGAGUUCUACAGGUUUGUGGGCAACACUUACGAUAGUCCCCGCUUCGUCCUACACUACAAGACUGAUGUCCCUCUUUCUGUCCAAGCCCUCCUGUUCUUCCCUGAAGGGAAACCUGGACUGUUUGAGAUGAGCCGAGAGAUGGACGUGGGUGUGGCUCUCUACACACGCAGAGUCCUCAUCAAGAGUAGGGCUGACAACAUACUACCCAAAUGGCUUAGAUUUGUCAAAGGGGUGGUGGACUCUGAAGACAUUCCACUAAACUUGAGCAGAGAACUUCUACAGAACUCUCCACUCAUCAGGAAGCUAAGGACAGUAAUCACCAACAGAAUCUUACGUUUCCUGCAGGACAAAGCCAACAAGAACAAGGAAGAGUUUGACAAGUUCUACAAGGACUACGGGAUCUUCUUUAAGGAAGGAAUUGCAACCAGUUCCGAACAGUUGGAGAAAGAAGAGAUAGCCAAGCUACUGAGGUUUGAAUCAUCGACACAUCCUGCGGGGACCACAGUGAGUCUGCCGGAGUACUGCAGCCGCCUGCAGACAUCUCAGCGCGACAUCUACUACCUCUGCGCUCCCAGCCGAUCACUGGCAGAGAGUUCGCCGUACCUAGAGGGUCUACGGAGGAAGGAUGUGGAAGUUCUGUUUUGUUACGAGGGUCAUGACGAACUGGUCCUCAUGCAGUUGAGAUCCUUUGACAAGUUCCAGCUUACCUCGGUUGAGAAAGAGAUGAGGCAGGACAAGGAGGCAGAGGACCUCGCUGACCUCGGUAGCGACAGUCUUUCCAAGACCGAAGUAGACAAUCUGGUACGGUGGAUAAGCACUGCUCUGAAACCUAAAGUCCAUGGAGUAAAGGUGAACAAGAGACUUGAAUCACAUCCCUGUGUGGUGACAGUGGAGGAGAUGGCAGCAGCAAGGCACUUCCUCAAGACCCAGGCCCACCAGAUGGAUGAUGAUAUGCGUUACUCACUAUUGCAACCCAGAUUAGAGAUCAAUCCCAGACACCCCAUAAUCAAGAAACUCAACUCUCUAUCCAACACAAAUCCUGAACUGGCUGAGUUGGUAACUCAACAGUUGUUUUCCAAUGCUAUGGUGGCAGCUGGCCUCGUCUUGGACCCAAGAACUGUUCUCUCCAGUAUGAACCAACUGCUCACGUUGGCUCUCCAGAAACACUGAACUCUUCUUCACAAACUUUCUUCCUUUUGUACAUUUCUUUCCAAUUAUAAUAGUAUUAAAUUUUGAAUUUGUUAUAAUA